AUGGGGGAAGGACACUCAAAACAUACAUUAAAUUAUGGAAAUUUGAGGGAAGAGGAUGUAGAAAUGAUAAGAAAAAAAUUUAAUUUAAAUAAAAAAGAAGCAAAUGAAAAAAUUAGCACGUUAGAUUUUAUAUAUGUAUAUCCUUAUAUAUUGAGACCAUAUAUUGCCCUAGUAUUGCCUUCAUUUCAUGAAGUACUAAGAAAAAAGUGUCGACAUAAGGAAACAAAGAGUAAUCAUUAUGGGUUUAAUUAUGCUUUAAAUGUUCUGUUUAAUAAAAGUAGUAAAAAAGUGAAUAAUGAAAUAUCCCUUCAAGACAUAAUUAAUAUAUUGUCAUAUAUUAACAGUGUAAAAAGUCGGAUACUUAUAAAAAUUUUGUUUAUGAGCUUUUUAAGAUAUAGUAUAUCACAUGGUAGUAACCCGAAUAAUGCUAACGUGAAUAGUGGUAACAUGAAUGGUGGUAGAGAGAUAUAUUGUAACCUUAAUGAUGGAAACCCGAAUGAUGGUAAUCUGAGUGAUUCUAAUCCGAGUGAUUCUAAUCCGAAUUAUGCCAAUCUAAAUGAUGGUAAUCCAAAUGAUGAUUGCCCGAAUAACACAUUAACCAAAUUUAAAUUGGAGGAGGAAAAUGAGGGCAACACGGAAAACUUAAGCACCAUGGAACGUACAAAGGGGAGUGAUAAAAAAGAGGACAUACAUGCUUCCUUCCUCAACUGCAAUGAUAAUAACAGUAAUGACAAUAAUGUUAACAAUAUUUACAGUAAUAAUAAUUAUGGCAAUAAUGGUGAUAAUGAUAGGGGUAAUAAAUAUAAUAACAAUAUUAAUACUACAAGUGAAGAUGAGGAUGAAUUAGGAAGAAACCGCAAUUCUUUUAAAUUUGUGUUUUCCGAUUCAAAUGUGAAUGUAAUAAAUAAAAAUAAAAAAAAGGAAAGAAAUUAUAAAUUUAUAAAGGAUAAUAUUUUCUUUUUAGAAAAAAAUAUUUUGAAAAAUCAGUAUCCAAAAAAUUAUAUUAUGAAAGAUUUAAUAUCAGUAGAAGAAGCCUUACAUCAUCUUUUUACAUAUAUGUAUAUUGAACAAUUAUAUUUAUUAUAUCCAAAUAAUAUAUUAUUCAAACUAGCUAAUAAAAGUCAAAUACCUGAAAAGAAUAAUAUAUCAUUAAAAAAAUACUCAACUAGUCCAUAUGAUGUUACGAAUUUAAAUAAUAGAAAAAAUAGUUGGGACUUAGCCUACUUUUUUAAUGAACUUUUUUGUUCAUUAGAAACAAAUUUAGAUUUUAGAAAUAUAAUUAUGGGUUUUAGAUUAUUUGUAAAUUCCAUAGAUAAUAAUAAAAAUACUAUAUAUUCACUAGUGGUUGAAUAUAUUAAUACCACAUUUAUAAGUUUGUGUAGUAAUUAUUCUAACGCAACACUGAAGCAUUUCAUGAAUUGCGAAAAUAUAAUAACAGAGGAAAAAAAAAAGAAAAAGAAAAAAAGUAACAGUGGUAUUAGUAAUAGUAAUAACAAUAAUAAUAGCAGUAAUGGUAAGAGUUACAUUAACACUGGUGAAGAAAACAGGUCGGAGGAAGAGAACGGCUUGGAAAAUAUUAAUGACUUAUGCAUGAACAGUAUAGAUCUAAUACAUACGAUAUAUACUAACAUGAAAAUGAAUGAAAUAAAAAAACAAGAAAAUAAGAACAACCCUAAAAAGAUAGAAGAGAAAUAUGAAAAAUCAUCUUCAAUUGUCGAAAUUCAGAAUUCAUCCAGUGGAUGGAGAGGAUUAUUUUUAAAUAAAACAAGUAAAAUAUUAACAGAUGAAGUAGUUUUUACCCUAAGACAAUGUUCGCCAUGUUUUAUGAAUAAUGAAUGGUAUAGAUUAUAUGCUUCUUGGAAAGAAGGUACAAGUUUUAAUAGAUUUAUGAGCUGCCUUUUUUAUUAUGAAGCCCCUAUAAUAAUUGUAAUAAAAACAAGUGACAAUCAAAUAUUAGGUGCAGUUUGUACCACUGCUCUAAAGGAUUCUCAUUUAUUUCAUGGAUCCUCAAAUGACUUUUUAUUUUCAGCUUCACCAGUUUUUAGAAUAAUAAGAACAAAUCAAUUCGGAACAAAUUAUGUUUAUUUGAAUAGUAAAAAUUCCUUUUACCCUAAGGGGUUAGGUUUUGGAGGAAGAACUGAAUGCUUCAGACUAUUUUUGAGUGAUGAAUUUAAAGACUCUUAUUGUACUCAAUCUGAUUAUACUUAUAAAAGCGGGCACUUAUAUUUCCCACAUUAUGAAAGGGAUAAUAAUAAAGUAAAAGAACACAAGAACAAAAAUAAUUCGAAUGAUAAUCAGUAUAUCCAUUAUGAGGAAAAUGAUGAUGAUGAAGGCGAUGAAGACACCUUUUUGUACAAACUUUCCAUAAACGAAGUGGAGGCAUGGGGUUGUGGUGAUGAAAAAGCAUUAGAGCAGCAAAGGUUGAUGCAGCAGAAUGAAGAAGCUUGUAAGCAAGAAAGAAGAUCAACAGACAAAUCCAAGAUUGUUCAAAAUAGUUUUGAUAAGGAAUUUUUGUUGCCCAAGGUUUUCGUAGGAGGUAAGUAUGAAAAACUUACUCAGGAUAAAUAG